AUGUCCGACCAAGAAACUGAAGCCGUCUGCAAAACCUCAUCUCCAUCGACUACUACCAACACAUCUGACCGAUCCCAAGGUGACAUCGUCCCUACCAAAGGCAAGUCCCGAGACGAUUAUCAUUGGAGCGGGGACGAUACGAUCUUCAAAGAGGUCGUUCCAGAGAUACCCAAACGGGAGAGACGGUCAGUUGGCAAAAAGGAGAUGAGUGGUGGCCUGAGAGUCAAGGUAAUUUACAUCAAGUUGGAACUUGUAGAUGAUAAUGAUGCUAAUGCCACUGCUGCGGCUGCCAGUGACGGUAUGGCAGAUCAUGCUUGA